AUGAAAGGGGACAUGGAUCUUUCUGUUUUGCCCAAUAACAACCAUCCUGAAAAAUUCCUGCAGCUUGACGUGAAGUCUUUAAUGAGGAGCUCAACCCUUCUGCAGGCUAGCCUCGCGAGAUUUCCGGGUGGACAUUAUCCUGCUACACAACACUGGCAAAACCUUGUCUACUCACAGAACCCUGGGGCUUCUCAGAGGAAGUCUGUGAGCGGAAGUGAAAAGGCAGCGAGAGAAAAGAACAUCGCUACUCAACGAAUCAAGGGGUUUGGUGGGGAGAACCCUGUUCUUCCUGAGAGUCCUCCAGCAUCCAUGUCUUCAGUUAUGAAGAAUAACCCAUUGUAUGGUGACGUAAGUUUGGAAGAAGCUAUGGAAGAAAGGAAAAAGAAUCCUUCGUGGACCAUUGAGGAGUAUGACAAGCAUUCUGUGCAUACAAAUCUCUCUGGACAUCUGAAGGAAAACCCCAAUGACCUGCGCUUUUGGUUGGGGGACAUGUACACUCCUGGCUUCGACACUUUGCUGAAAAAGAAGAAGAAACGCAACAAGCGAUCAAAAUUGUGUCACAUGGGUCUGAUUUUGCUCGUUGUGUCCUGCAUCCUGGUUACCAUAGUGACUCUCAGCACUAUAUUCUCUUAAGGAAGUUGCAAACCCAUCUUUAAAGCUCUAAAACGCCUUCUAAGUAUUUGCAGGAAAAUCUGUCUGUGCGUUGUGAAUGUCUGCUGCGUUGCUAACUGUGUGACCCAACAGCAUUGCCCUUUAGAACGUGAGCUUCGCUUAUGUUAUGUUGGCCUCUCUGCUUUGGUCCGUGAAACCUGUGUGUCAUUCCAGUCUGGGUUAGUCCUUUGUGAAGCAGGUAUUUCAGAGGCUCACAAUAGCAAAAGUCACUCCAUACAGUUACAAUCAAGCCUUAGAUAGAGAGCAGACUGUGUCAAGUGCUGGCAGCUGCUUGUCUCUGUGCUUACCUGGUUUUCACAUCAUCCUUCCUCCUUCCUCCUUCCUCCUUCCUCCUUUCUCCUUCCUCCUCCUCCUCCUCCUCUUCCUCCUCCUGGCACUGGAGAAGCUGCAGCCCAUCUGCCCAACCGAUAUGGUGACAGUAAGGCUUCUGCUGAGCUAUCCCUCAGUUUAGAUUUGUUUUAUCUUCUUUCAUCCUCGCUUAAGUUAAAGGAGGAUAAAGUGAGGGGAAGACAUUGUUCAAACCUAUUCGAAUUUCCUCAGUUAUCCUAUCUGGUGACCUAAAUUUAUGUUGUUGUUUUGUCAGAAACAAACUUGGUCAGUCACAGCGGCAUAAUCAAUUACAUUGUAUCUAAUCGUGCUUGUGGAUUGAUAGAAACUGACAAGUGUGACCUCCAGUGGCAGCGGGUACAUGUUCUCCAAAAAUAGGGGGUAGGGCACUGGAAAGAGUCCAGGAAUGCUGCCACCCCUGAGCAUUCAACUGAAUGACAGGCCUGAACAAAAGAUUGUCAGAGAAGGGAGCUGGCUUAUGGACUCCUUAAGACAUGGAUGGGAAGAGAGCAGUUGGCUCCUAACAGUGGCUUUUCCCUCAAUGGCAAUGUCAUUUUCUUUGUGUAUUGACAACCUUCUGCUGGGUGCAGAUACCUGGGAACAAACCCCAGGCUACAAAGAACCAAAGUGUCUGCCUUCUCUCCCCAGGACAUUCUUGCCUAAGGCUCUUAGUGCCACCCCUAAUGCUAUUUAGUGUGUGAAAAUAGUCUUUUCUUCUUCCCAAAGAGUGCCCUCCUCUCAUACCCUGUGAUAACGCCUUAUUAUCUCGCUGUAUUGCUCAUAAAGAUACUUGAAGUAAAGUAUAUAAAAAUGAGAGUUUACUGGACAAUAAAUCAUUGUGUACAAAGCAAAA